AUGGCUUUAGACAGUGUGCGUAAGGAACUCACUGAAGAAGACCAGGUCGAAGUGGCUUCCAAGACUGGUCCUGGUGAAGAGGAAAGCUUCGAUUCCCACGUCGACCCCAAGUUUGACAGGAAUGCAGUCUACAAGCUGGAUCUUUUGUUACAGCCCGUCUUGUUCGGCACCUUCAUCCUUCUGCUGCUCGACCGAGCCAAUGUAGGGAAUGCCAGGGUUGCUGGUCUACAGGAGUCCCUUCACCUGACCGAUUCUCAAUAUCAGAUUUCUUUGAUGGUCACAUUCAUCCCUUAUGUCCUGAUCGAACUCCCGAGCAACUACGCCUUGAAAAUCAUCGGACCUCGCUGGCUUCUACCAGGCCUUUGCGUGUGCUGGGGCAUUGUGACUACAUUCGAGAGCUUGAUACAAAACUACGCCGGCCUGAUUGCUUGCCGGUUCUUUAUCGGUCUGUGCGAAGGUGGUGUCUUCCCAGGCUACGUUGUUGUCUUGUCCGAAUUUUAUCGGCGUCACGAGAUCCAAAAGAGAAUUGCCAUCCUCUACUGCGGAGCGGCUUUAGCUGGGGCGUUUGGAGGCCUCUUGGCGGCAGCAAUUCAGCAGAUGGACGGCCUUGCCGGCCUUGACGGAUGGCGUUGGAUUUUUCUGAUCGAAGGACUCUUCACCAUCUGCUGGGGCUUCGCCACGCUCUGGGUCAUGCCGAGCAGCCCGAGAGAUGUGCUCACUUUCACGCCCGAGCAAAAGGAGUACUAUGUCAAAAGGAUGGCCGCAGACAAACAGACCAACGAAGACGACGAUAAGGUUACACCACACGAUGUGCUUGCGUGUUUAAUAGAACCUCACUUUCUGAUGAUGGCAGUCAUGUCCUUUUGCGUGGGCACCGUAGCUCAAGGCGUGUCAUACUUCACGCCGUCCGUUGUCCUGACCUUUGGAUACAGCAGAACCACCACGCAGCUUCUGACGGUUCCACCAUUCAUGUUUGCACUCAUCACCACCUUGAUAGCCGGGUGGGCGGCAGAUCGCUAUCGCCGACGUGGCUUGGUCGCCAUAGUCACUGCUGCUCUUGGAGUGCUUGGAUGUAUCCUGAAUUACUCCGGCACGUCUCUCCAAGUCAGGUAUCCCGCCUUGUUCUUCUUGAUUGGAGGUAUCUAUUCGUGCGCACCCACCGUCCUUGCAUGGCUUCCCAACAACAAUGCAGCCUAUGGCAAACGGUCGGUGGCCGUUGCAAUUGGGUUCAUGGUGAGCAAUUCCGGCGGAAUCUUGGGUGUGUGGAUCUACCCGACGAAGAAUGCUCCGAGAUAUCUUCCUGCAACAAGUGUCAACGUUGCGCUGCUCGCUGCAGUGAUUGUGCUUGCUGCGGCACAGGUGGUACUCUUCAAGUCUCUCAACAAAAAGAAAGUCGAGAACCGCGAAGAAUUACUUCGGGGGAUUGAACAUCUGCCAUUGGACCAACAAGUCAAGGCACUGGGGGAUCAUCAUCCUGAUUUCAUCUACACAUUGUAG